AUGCAUUGCAUGGAACUAACUGCCAAGUACAUGGUGGUAGAAAGAUGUGGUAGGAAGCUCUGGUGUAAAACGAACAUGAAAGGCUCAGAGCCGAAUAGGGAGCGCUCUAAGUAUGCUAAAUAUGGUCUGAUAACGAAAAGGGACACACCUAGGAACUGGUUGGAUGAUGGAUGGAUGCUCCUGGAUGAUGUGCGAUGGAGUGCGCUUAAGCGCGAGAAACGCGCUAAGCGCGCGCGCAGGAACGCGAAAGCAAGGCCAAUUGUCAUGAGUUGUGAAAAGGAUGGGACACUGACCAUCCAUGCGAAGUUCCAAAACCCCUUCAUCCUCUACCUCGUCGGGAAACUGAUCUGGAAUACGCGCUUCCGACUAGACAAAUUAUUCACGAUGCUGCGCAAACAGCUGCACUACGCGAUGGGAUUAGCUGGCACCAUCACAAAAUGUGCGCUGUUGGAACAGGGACAUGAGACGCUCAGUGCCACACCUAGGUUAUUUCCAGGGGCAAACUCCACUGUAUUUGAGGCUAUCUGCGCAGACAUGGAUAGCCUCAGCGACGAGGAGAAAGCUGACUUGAACCAAUGGAAGGAUCACAUAGUCAUUUGUGGGGUCUCUCAGCAGCGUGUUAGAGUUGAGCUGUCAGAUUUCGACCUACUAGUAGACCCAGACUUGGACGCAGACUCGGAUAUCGCCGAUGACAUAUAA